UGAGCUUAUCAACUCAACUCUCUCUCUCUCUCUCUAAAACUCACCUUCUUCUCCCUCCAUCCGCCGUUUCACGUCAAUUCAAACCCUAACUUCCCCAAUCUUCAACAACCGUUGAAUAAUUCAUCAAAUUACAUCAUUCUGAUCCGUUUUCUACACAAUUGUUACAAUAAAUCGUCAAAUUACGUCAUCUCGCUGGCUUAAUUGCUCUUUUUUCGCACCGGAUGCGUUGUUUUUGCGUUUGGAGAACUGGAAUUCAUUUAAUUGGUUGUGAGUGUGGUUUUGAUGUCUUCGGAGCCGUUGCCAGGUGAGUUUUUGAAGGAUACGACGUCGUAUUCGUCGGAACCUGUGGAAAUUGGGAAUAAUCGGUGGAGGCACUCGCCUGCAACUCCGUCUUCUUGCCGUUGGAGCAGUGACGGUGGUUGUGGACCGUUUGAUUUUCUCCGUCCUGUUACUGGUCAUGGUAUUCAGAGGGACCAGAAAGGAGAAACCUGUAGGGAGACUAGUGGAUUAAUAAGUAGUAAUAUGCAUCUUCAAUCUGACUUUGUGACCUCUUGGGACCAACGGUCGAAAGAUAAUGACGAUGGAGUCGGUGCUACGAACGGGAGACUUGAGAAAGAUGUUUCGUUGGGAUCUUCGCUUGAUUGGAAGCCGAUUAAGUGGAUUCGUUCUGGGAGUUUGUCUUCAAGAGGUUCCGGUUUUAGCCUUUUAAGUAGUUGUAAAGUCGUUGGGGUGGACUCUUCUGAUACUAAGAUGGAUGCUCAACAGGGGAAUGUUAAUAUAACGCUUCUUCGAUCACCUUCUGGGGAUGCAGCUAUGUGUGUGACACCGAAGACUCCUGAUGAGGCUAACUCUCGUAAAAAACCUCGUCUUGGUUGGGGUGAGGGGCUGGCUAAGUAUGAGAAAAAGAAGGUUGACCCCGAUGAUAAAGAAAAUGUAUCCAGCAAUGGAACUGCUGAUGGUGUAAGCAGCUCGGAGUCUCUGCUUCCGAGUCCUUCUAGUUUGCCUUGUAAAAGCCCGAGUCUUACUGGUAACUCAGAAAGUGCGUCUCCUACUACACCUUGUUCGUUCGCUUGCAGUUUGUCUCCAGGUCUAGAAGAGAAGACAUCUAUAACAUCAACUACAGUUGUUAACAAUACAUGUAGCCCUACUGUCGUUUCUCAAAACCAAAACCAGAGAUCGCCAUUUAGUUUGGAAAAUUUGGAUCUUACUGAAGGCUUUAACGUGAGCUUACUACUCGAUGAACUACUGCAGUCUGAUGAUACUAGUGCUCACGGGUCCGGUUUUGCAAUGGACAAGUUACAGGUAUGGAAAGCGGAUAUUUCAAGAACACUUGAAAUCACUGAAUCCGAAAUCGACUCCCUUGAGCAUGAAUUGAAGUCUGACAUAGAUUCAUCCCCUUUUACGGCUGCUUCUAGUUCUCUCUUAAAACAGUGCAACAAUAAGAAUACUGACGUUUCAACAGACGCUAGCUGUACAGUUUUUGUUGGUGGUGAUGUAUAUAAUCAUAGGGAAGAUAAGUCUUACGUUUUGAUAUAUGAUUCAAACAAAGUUGCAUCUUGUAGAGCCUCUGACGAGCUUGGUAAGUUAUUGCCAAAGACACAUUUACGUACUGGUGUUUCGAGAGCUUCUGAUGAAGAUUCAGAGAUCAAGAAAAAGGUGGCGAUGAGGAAACGUUUUCUAAAAUUUAAGGAACGGGUCACCAUUCUUAAGUUUAGGACGUUUCAGUACUCUUGGAAGGAGAAUCUUCGGUUGAUUUCUAUACGAUCUGGUGCGAAGUCACAGAAGAAGUUUGAAUCGAGUUCUCGUAUGGGGUAUUCUGACCAUCAGAAGCACCGUGCUUCCAAUCAUUAUCGUUUAUCUUCUUCUGGUGGGAGUUUGAGCCUUGUUCCAACUAAAGAAGUAGUUGAAUACGCAAACGCGUUGCUUUCGGAUUCACGGGUCAAGACAUACCGGAAUGAGGCGAAGAUGCCGACCUUUAUAUUAGACAAGAAGGAACGAACGAGCACUAGGUUUAUUUCUGAUAACGGAUUAGUCGAGAACCCUAUUGACGUCGAGAAAGAACGAUCGAUCGUCAAUCUUUGGACAGUAGUAGACACCGAGACCUUCUUGGAUAAAUACUCUUUGUUCGGUAAAAACUUUAGAAAGAUCGCAUCUUUUUUCCAACACAAAACGGUUGCUGAUUGUGUUGAGUUCUAUUACAAGUAUCACAAGUCCGACGUUUUUCAGAAAACAAAGAAGAAAUCACAGUUUGCAAAAGGGAAGUCAUGUAACACUAACAGUACGUAUUUGGUCACAUCUGGGAAAAGACCGAAUCGAGAGACCGGAGCCACUUCACUUGACAUGCUCGGUGCCGCUUCAGCAAUGGUCGCUAAUGUUGAUGGCGGUAUCGUAGAACCACAGUCGAAUGAUUUCUCUAAUUAUUGUAACGAGCAAGAAACGGCUGCAGCCGAUGUUUUAGCUGGGAUUUGCGGGUCGGUAUCGUCGGAAGCUUUGGGUUCUUGCGUCACGAGUUCAGUCGACCACCAGAAAGUCGGUGGUUCGUCAAAUCGACGGUCGUUAAUCGACGUUGAUGAGGAGACGUGUUCAGAUGACAGUUGUGGUGAAGAAAUAAACUCUUCUGUUUGGACGGAUGAAGAGAGAUCUAGUUUUGUAAAAGCGUUCAGAUCGUACGGUAAGGAUUUUUCGAUGAUCUCUCGGUGCAUGAGAACCCGAUCGACUAACCAGUGCAAGUUGUUCUUUAGCAAGGCUCGUAAAUGUCUCGGGUUGGAUGCGAUUGAUUUCGGGACCGGCAGUGAAGGUACAACGGGUGCUAACGAACGGGGCGGUGGUGGCGGGAGUGAUCAAGACGAUACGUGCAUGGUGGACAGUGGGUCCGGUAUUUCUCAUGAUAAUGUUGAAUCCGAUAUGAAUGUCGUAAACGACUGCAGCAGGGAAUCUGAGCUUUUGUCGGAGAAUCCCGUAGCACGUGAUUGUGAAGCGAAACGUAAGGUUGAUGAGAACGGUUCACGCGGUAAUUUGGAAGGAGCUGCUGACAGUGACACUGCUGACAUUGCGGAAGUGGAAUCCCCACAGAAUACGUGUUCGGAUUCCGCAUCGGGUGCUAAAGUUGAAGAAUCCGACACAGUUACCAAGGUGCCGUCUCAUGGAAACGGUCUGGACUUGAAUACAGCUACAGAAAAUUUCACUUGUCUGGAAACGACAAAUAACGGUUUCAUGAUGUCAAAUUUGUUUCCGCAAGAACCCGCGAGGAAGACUCUUACCCGUGAUGAUGUAUCGUCAAGACUCACUUUCCGAAAAAGCAGUCAAAGAUCUUCAAGCAUAGACGGUUAUGGUUACCAAUUGCAUCUUCACAAACGCUCUCAAAGUCACAACGACCCACAAAGCUUGGAUGAGAAUCUGUUACUGCCAAGAGACGGCUGUUUACAGAUGGGCACCGAUUUAACGUCUGAUGCUCAACAACAGAGACGGAGUUCAUCUUUAGACGUCGAAAAGCCGAAUACAAGUGGUGGUGAUUUGAAACUUUUCGGUAAGAUAAUAACUAACCAUUCGUUGCCAAAAGCCAACGGUAGUGACGCACACGAGAGUGAAACAAAACUAGAUGCUGUAACAUCUUCUAACUUGAAAACAAGUUACGGGUUUUGGGACGGGAACAGAAUACAAACCGGGUUUUCAACGUUGCCGGAUUCCGCUAUGUUUCUUGCUAAAUAUCCCGCUGCUUUUAGCAACAUUUCUUCGUUAGAAACUGGUAACGAACAAUGUAAUAACUUAAACGUCCUACCUGGUUAUCCGACUAGAAAACUAACCAACAAUCGGGGUCCAAGUUACCAUGCUUACGGUCAGUCUUUUUCAGUAGAUAAGUUGUUACCCGAGAUGCGCAAUGGAGUUUCGGACCCCGUGGCAGCCAUUAGAAUGCACUUUGCAAAAACUGAACAAUACAAGACGGGUGGAUGCGAGUCAUGGAGUAGCAAUGUUAGUGAUAUAGGUAGCAGAUGAAGGCUGAACUUCACCUUUUCUUUUGUUGCUUCUGUGUAAAAUAUGUUUUGCUGUAAGGAGUUGAGAAGUGGAUAGGUUAUGAUGGCGCGCUCGGAUACUGUUGCCGCCGUCUGUUUUGGUUAAUUUUAGGUUGUUUUGUAAUGUUUGAAGUUUUUUUUUUCUUUUUUUUUUUGUUGUAUUUUGUCAAAUGCACAAAAUAAUUCUGUUAAGUUUAGGAAAGCCAGGCUAGAUAUUAAAUGUUUAUGUUAAUUUAUGUUUUUUCAACUUGAAAUCAUUUUGUGUGCUC